UGAAUGACCUCCCUCCUCCAGCACCCCCCACCCCCACAGUUGGUAGCGUCCGGGACGGAGCAUCAUGGCGAUUGACGGAGGGGGGAGGAACUGUGGUGUUCACGAGCUCAUCUGUGCAAGAAAAGUCUCUCCUGAGCUUCUGGGUGUCCUGUCUUCCAUUACAGCCUUCAUGGCGUUGAUGGCUCUGUUUUUUCUUUACCUCAGCAACAAGCUGUCAGUGGCGAGUCCUGACGACCCGUCACAUCUCAACGGGUUAAAGAACAGACAUCCAGCUCACAUUGUGAUGCUGGCUCCACACCCUGCUAACAACCACAUGUCCUAUCAGCGCUCUGAUGAGAUAAUCUAGCGUUCCUGCAUCCCCGGCUGAGAGAUGGCCUUCUUCAAGAGUUUCCAGCAGAACCUCCCCACUGUCAACAUUUCCUCCCUCUUGGACUCGGUCACCAGCCGCGUGGACGACCUGGCCACGGCCGUCAGCGACGCCACGUACGCCGUCAGCGACCAGCUCACCGAGCAGGUCACCACCAUCAUCAACAAGGUGGACGACGGGGAGAACAACGGGCAGGAGGCGGGUCAGACUUCCACGGCACAGGAAGGAAGAAGCAAGGCCAGCAACACCGGAUCAAAGAGCAACCAAUCCGGGGAAAACAAAGAGGGCGAGUCCGCUCCGAACCAGCCGGAGUGGGAAUGGAGGGACGGAUGCUGGCGAGUUAAAAGGACAGAAACUGAGUUAGAAGAGGAAGAGAAGAGGAAGAAUGAGGAGAAGGAGCAGCAGGAGAAGAAAGAGCAGAGGAGGAGAGAACGGAGAGAAAAGCAGCUGGAGAAAGAAGCCAAGGCACAGAAAGACGAAUCCCAAGAUGGAGAGCAAGAGGAGGAUGGUGAUUGUGGACAAAUCAGAAAGGGGAGCGAUGGCGGAGACAACUCCAUGGAUCAGAAAAAAGAGAUUGACUUUGAAGAAUCAGCUCGUCCUCAACAGGAAAAGCAAAAAGAAGACGGAGGAGAAGAGAAGGAGGUGGCGGACAGCCUUGAGAGAGAGGGAGAUGACGAGGAAGAAGCCGAAGUGACCAAGUCUUCAUCAACAGGGAAAAAGAAGAAGUCAGACAAGAAGAAGAAGAAGAAAAAAACGAAAGACGAUGGGAAGAAUUCAGACGAAGCCUCGGAUGUGGAGAAAAAGAAGGCGAAAGGGAAGAAGAGCAAGAAGAAAAAGAAAGCAAACAAAGAGGGAGUUUUAUCUGACAGCGAGGAGGAGAAAGGCCCCGAGGACGCGGCUCCACAGAACAAGACUUCAGCGUGGAGCAACAAGAGCAAACAGUCCACAGAGCAGGGGGGCUACAGCAGUGAAGCCUCCAGUGGACGAGGAAAUAAAGAAAACCAUUAA